AUAUAUUCAACAAGUAGCUCACUUAUUUUUUCUUCUAUUAAGCCUAAGUUAUAAAUUUUGAAUUAUAUCUUCAAACACUUAUACUUCAAAAAUUUAUACAUGGCUAAAGUUCACCCUCAUCUCUUAUCUUCUCCUGCUCUUUCGCCUUCACGUUCAUCGUCUCAAGAGACAGAAAAGUUUACUGUUUGGAUGAAAUCUCUAGUACUCAAUGGCAAUGGUUGCACCAUCUAUGAUGCCAUGGGCAAUAUUGUGUAUCGUAUCGAUAAUUAUGACACCAAGUGUAGCAGCCAAGUUUUCCUCAUGGAUCUUAAGGGAAAAGUCUUAAGCACCUUGAUUAGAAAGAAAUUGAGAUUAAACGAGCAUUGGGAUGGAUACAAAAAUGACAGAGUAAAAAAUGAUAAGCCUUGGUUUCGAGUAAACAAGAUAAGCAAGGUUUUUAACAAGAACGGAGAUGGAUUUUCAUGUCAAGUUACAAUGGAAGGCGACGAGUCUCAAGCAUGUUCUUGCUUUAGAAUACAAGGGUGUACUCAAAAAUCCGAAUUCAAGAUUAUUAGAGGCGACGGACUUGUGGUUGCACAAGUUAAAAGAAAGCAAUCAACAAGCGGAGUAAUGUUGGGAGACGACGUAUUAAGCUUGGAAGUACAACCAAACAUGGAUAAUGCCUUCAUUAUCUCGCUUGUUGUAGUUCAUGGUUUGAUUUCUCAUAAGAUUUGACUUAUACAAACCCAUAUAUAGCUUUUAAAAAAUUAAUUUUUUAACACCAAAAAAAAAAAAAAAAAGAAUGAUCAAAAUCGCAUACAUGAAAGAAAUGGUGUACGUAUGAUCAAUUGAUCAAUGUGUGACUUACAACAGAUAUUUUUUGUAAACCCUCCGGCCUUCAUCAUCGUCCAUCAUAUAAGAAGAAGUGUGUGUUUGAUUGCUCGAGGGGGCAGUUUUCGAGCAUCACAACAUUCUGCGAGCAAUAAGCUAGCUACCCAUCGGCGUGUAGAUAUGUUGUACAGAAUUGAAGCUUGGAAGCAUGAAGUUUGUUCGUUCUUUCAUAACCGUAUAUUUGUAUACAAUUUUUGGCCUAAUUACUUAGGGUUUGUGUAUAAUUGUUUAUACUAAUGAAUGAGAAAUUGGACUUGAUUUUUUA